GCCUGACGGAUCCCCGGCGGAGGGCAGCGAGGGCGCGCAUCUCUGUCCUCCGCUUGUGAAGCGACUGCAGGGGAGCCAGAUGCCCGACUGUGAGCCGCUGCCUGUGGAUACCCAUCCCGAAUGCCAGCGAAGGCGAGAGAGCCACAAACACACUUCCGCCUCUGCGUGGGAAGAGGAGAGGGACAGUGACCGGAAUUGUUAUUUAAUACAUUUUUCUCGCUGUCUCUGUUUCAAUCUCUGCUUCAAAUGAAGAGCUUCCUCGGACUUGGAGUACCGGGCAUCAGUAGAAAAAAAAACCGUUAUCCCACUCUGCCCCUGCUGCUGCUGCUGCGGCGCUGCUGCCUGUGAGCGCGUCCUCUCUUUGCAUUGGAAUAUACAGCGUGCCUAUAUGCGCAAAACCAUGGAGAUUAUCUGACGUGGAUGUAUCUUUGGAACAAAACUGGACAUCUACAACAGCAACGUCCCUUCUUCUUUUCAUUUUUUUCUUUGCAUUGCCUUUUUUUCUCUUGCGUCCCUCUGUUCUGUUCGUCUGUUUUUAUAUCUAUGGCCACUUUAUGAUUUCAUGUCCUUAUUUUUUUAUUUUUUUCCCCCCACUCUUAUGAUUUUUUUGGUCGGGUUUUCGGAGGCGCAGAAGUGGAAUGCCUCGCAGUCAAGAACAUUUAUCGGGAGAAGAUUCCGCGCAGCAGCGAGGGAUGAAUGAGUGAUAGUCUCCCCUCUCCAUCUGAGACGUGCCAUGGAUGGGAAACUUAAUUUGUAUCCACGGAACCGAGCGGGGAAUAGCCGUCGCAUCAAAUAACUGCUGCUGACAGCGAUCAGGACGAAUGUCAUAGGAUGAACACUGCUGGUGGGGUGUGUCUGUCUGUGCUGUCCUCGCUCCUGGCUGUGGCUGGGGCCCUGGCUGCCUUGUCUGCCCUCGCUCUAGCUCCUCUCUCUGCCCUGGCUGAGGCCGCCUAUGGGGCUGCCGACGGCAUCCCCAGCAAUGGGGCAGAGGGCGCCCCAUCACCCGUCUCCUCAUCAUGCUCCAGCCUUGUAGCUGGGGUGCUCUAUGGCUCUUUCUCCCUAAGGGAGCUCUUCCCCUCGAGGGCGCCGGGCUGUUCCUGGUCCCUGGAAAACCCCGAUCCCACCAAGUACUCCCUCUACCUCCGCUUCACUCGGCACCCUGUCAUCUGCAGGACACACUCCCCCAUGCUACUGUCCCUCGACCAUCACCAGGCCAAUCAAAGUUGUCCCCAUCAUGUACAGACAGCUACUGCCAGGGAUCAAGAAGUCAUUGAUCUGUGUGGCAGCCAAACCAACUCAGAUGGACCAUACUCAUUCCUACAGUUUGAUAAAAACUUUGUCCAACUAUGUCUAACCAGACAUCCAGCUGCAGAUGAGCCUCAGGUUACGAAGGAUUUGCUGGAGUUAAGAUUGGUGGAGGUGUUACUCAUAAACAACGAGAACUCCAGUCAGUUUACCUGUGGCGUGCUUUGUAAAUGGUUCGAGGAGUGUUUACGCACAGGACACAACGGAGACCAGGAGAUUUCGGACGGAGAUGGGUGUGGAAUGACCCAGACAGGAUGUAUCUGCCCAAACCACAACAUCAUGGCACCGCCUGUACCAUUACUUCCCGAGACGCCUCACAGUUUCAGCAAUGGUUCGGUAUUUCCAGACGACUGCUGCGUCACCGAGCUGCAUUCCAAUGAUGCGAUCGCCAUAGCACCCAGAGACGUCCGACAAGACCAAUAUGAUGAUGAUGAUCUGAAGGUGAAGACCCAAAGACCAAGAUCAGCUGACCAGCCAGGUGUGUUUCAGGCACAAACAGGUGACCCAGCGGCAGAGGAGUGGUCGCAGUGGAGUGUGUGUUCUCUGACAUGUGGCCAAGGUUGGCAAGUGAGGACACGAUCGUGUGUUUCUUCUCCCUAUGGGACCCUGUGCAGUGGUGCCCUGCGGGAAACACGCAUGUGCAACAACACGGCGUCCUGUCCAGGUGAUCCUGGGAUCGCAGGCUCAGUCGAGGGCCAAUGGUUAGAGUGGGGGCCUUGGUCGAGAUGCAGCGUGACCUGUAACACGGGAUCGCAGCAGAGGCAGAGGCGCUGCAGUGCGUCCGUUCACGGCUGGGCCGAAUGUAAGGGCCCCCAUGAGGAGAGCAGAGAAUGCACCAACCCUUCCUGCAGUGGUGGAGGUAACUGGGGUAGCUGGAACCACUGGAGUCUCUGCAGCAAAACAUGUGACUCUGGGUGGCAGCGUCGCUUCAGGAUGUGUGAGGGCACCGGAUUACAGGGAUACCCCUGCGAAGGCUCAGGAGAGGAGGUCCGGUCCUGUAACGAGAAGAAAUGCCCAGCUCCUCAUGAGAUAUGUAAAGACGAGCACCUUCUUGCUAUGGCAUGGAAGAGAGCAUCGGCUGGAGAAACUGUAUACAACAAGUGUCCAACUAACGCCACUGGAUCUGCUAGUCGUCGUUGCAUGCUGGACAAUAAUGGAGUUGCUUUCUGGGGUCCUCCGAGCUUCGCCAGAUGCGUCUCACUUGAUUAUAGAUAUUUACAUUUAUCUUUACGAGAGCAUCUCGCGAAGGGUCAGAGGACCCUGGCCGGGGAGGGCAUGUCUCAGAUCGUAAGGAGUCUCCUGGAGCUCUUGCAGAGGAGGAGCUACUACAGUGGCGACCUUCUCUUUUCCACGGAGAUUCUGCGAAAUGUGACGGACACCUUCAAAAGAGCAACCUACAUCCCAGCUCCCGACGACGUGCAGAAAUUCUUCCAGAUAAUCAGCCUCAUGUUGGACAUGGAAAAUGUAGAGAAAUGGGAGGACGCUCAUCAGGUCGCUCCCGGUGCCGCUCUGCUGAUGAGGAUAUUAGAGGAUUUCAUUCACCUCAUCGGAGAAGCCCAGAAGCCUUUUCAGAGUUUCCUGGUGGUUACCAACAACCUCAUGAUAACCAUCCAGCGAGAACCAGUGUCAGCAGUUUCAAGCAAUAUCAACUUCCCAAUGAAGGGCCGGAGAGGGAUGAAGGACUGGGCCAGAACUGCUGAGGACAAACUCUACAUCCCUAAAGAGUUCUUCACCAACCCGACUGAAGAGACAGAGACGGACUCAGAGGCUACCAUGUACUAUGUCAUUGGAGCCAUCCUGUACAGGACACUGGGUGUCAUUCUACCUGCACCAAAUCCCCCUGCCAUGAUCAACUCCAAGAUCCUGACAGUGACAGUGCGGCCAGAACCUCAACCCAGUGAGCCCAAGGUGGUAGUCGAGCUGUCACCGCUGAUCAACGGUACAUCGGAUCCUCAGUGCGUGGUCUGGGACUAUGGCAACCUGGAAGCUGGCGCAGAAAACUGGGGCACAGAAGGCUGCGAAACGCAAACGUCCACCACUGUCCACACCAAAUGCCGGUGCAGCAGGAUUUCCACCUACGCCCUGUUAACGCAGCAAGCUAAAGACCCGGACAUGGGUCCUACCAGCAUGCCCUCUGUGCCCCUCAUGGUGGGCUGUGGCGUCUCCUGCACUGCUCUGCUCAUCCUGCUGCUCAUCUACGCUGCCUUUUGGAGGUAUAUACGCUCGGAGAGGUCCAUCAUCCUGGUGAAUUUUUGCCUCUCCAUCUUGGCCUCCAAUUUAUUGAUUUUGGUGGGACAAUCACAAACGCUAAGCAAGGGCCUCUGUACUGUGACCGCUGCCUUCCUGCAUUUCUUCUUCUUGGCGUCUUUCUGCUGGGUGCUGACGGAGGCGUGGCAGUCCUACCUGGCUGUCAUCGGCAAAAUGAGGUCACGACUCAUCCGAAAGCGUUUUCUGUGCCUCGGCUGGGGUCUUCCAGCUCUAGUUGUAGCAGUGUCAGUGGGUUUCACCAGAGCGAGAGGUUACGGCACAGACAGCAAUUGCUGGUUAGCCUUGGAUGGCGGGUUGCUUUAUGCCUUCGUUGGACCUGCUGCUGUCAUCGUAUUGGUGAAUAUGCUCAUUGGAAUCGUGGUGUUUAACAAGCUCAUGUCUCGAGACGGCAUCUCAGACAAGUCUAAAAAGCAGCGAGCGGGUGUCCCGGCGGAGGCGCGUAGCCGACUGCUCCUGAAAUGCUCCAAGUGUGGCGUGAUCUCGAGCACCGCUAUGUCCAGCUCUACUGCCAGCAGCGCCAUGGCAUCUCUAUGGAGCUCCUGCGUCGUUCUUCCUCUGUUAGCAUUAACCUGGAUGUCAGCCGUGCUGGCCAUAACCGACCGCCGCUCCACACUCUACCAGGUCCUCUUUGCCGUCUUUGACUCGGUCCAAGGGUUCGUCAUCAUCACCGUCCACUGUGCAAUGCGCAGAGAGGUUCAGGAUGCGGUGCGCUGUCGGAUGGGGGGAUGUAAAGACGACAGCGAAAACUCACCCGACUCCUGCAAGAAUGGACAGGUGCAGAUCAUGAAGGGUCCACUUGUGGGCCAGUGUGGGCAGCAGUGUGGCUCUCUGCGUUACGGCACAUCAAGCCUGCCGAGUUGUCACUUGCAGACGUUCCCACCGGUGUGCCAGCAGGCCUGUCACCACAGUCUGCCCCGCAGCAACCACGGCCUGGAGCACAGCCACUCCAUGACCUAUGCACACAACCAUACCCCCACCCUCAACAAUUCCCACAACCACGUUCAUAACCAUAACCACGCCCACAACCACAUCGGCUGCAGACCAACCGACUUUGAGAAGGAUGUGGACUUGGCAUGCCAAACAGAGAGAGGACACCCAUUCAUAUUCAAGGAGGUGAACACCUGUAACCCUGCAACCAUCACAGGGACCCUCUCUCGCAUCUCACUGGAUGACGAGGACGAUCCCAAGCUGGCGGCCCAUCAGGAGGGGGGAGUCGGGGUCAACUUUAGCUCCCUCCCUGGGAACAUCCCCCCUCCCAACCUCAUCGUACAGGUUCCAACCCUAGGGGGUCUGAACGAGCUGAGCGAGACGCCGCUAAAGAAGGAGGUAAACGUGGACCAGCAGCGACAGCAGGGGCAACAACGCAGCGGGGCUCCAAUCUACCUGUGCACCGAGAGCGGCCUGGGCUGGGCUCGACCCCCCACCUCCUCCAACACCUCUCAGGACGGGAGCGCCGGGAGUGGAGGAAGUGGAGGGGGAGGAGGAAGUGGCGGAGGCGGUGAGGGAGACUACAUGGUCUUACCUCGUAGGACGGUCAGUCUCAAACCUCCAGCGUCCUCCUCCCAGGGAGGGGGCCUGGGAAUGGGGGGUGAGGACAAGCCUCUCAACAUCGCAGUGGAUGAUCCCCCCUUCCCACCGCCUCCCUCUCCUCUCACCCUGCACCCAGCCGAGAGCGAGGCCUACCCGGCGGAUUUUGUGCCAUCAAGUGUGGGCGACAUGAACAUUGCCAUGAACCUGAACCGCUCCUACGGGACGAUCAAAACCAUGCCCCAUGGGCACGGCCACAUGAUGGCUCAAGGGGGUAUUGUACACUCCCACGGAGGACACAUGCACUCCCACGGGCACUCGCUCCAGCUGAAGCCGGGUCAGAGGCCAUCGGUCAGACAGAUUCUGACCGGGGGAACCACAGUGGAGAGAACCAGGACUCUGCCACGCAACCUGGGCAGCACCAAUGCAAACACCAGCCUCUCUGCAGGAUCCCUGGAGAGGAAAAGAGUACGGUACUCUGAGCUGGACUUUGAGAAAGUGAUGCAUACUCGCAAAAGACAUUCUGAGCUGUACCAUGAGCUCAACCACUCCUCCAAGUUCCACACCAUAGACAGGUAUAACAGGGACCCAGCCAUGUCCACAUUCAAGAGGGAAAAGCGAUGGAGCAUUUCGUCUGCCGGAGGUGAAAAGAACUCGUCGAGUGACAAGUCCACCCCAGAGGACCAGAGCUCCUGGGACAGCUUCAAGACCAUGACCCCCGAGCUGUCCAUUGUGCCUGGAGAGCAGAAGGACCGGAUGGAGCUGCACAAUAAGAACUGGGACUCCUCCUCAGCAAACACACCCGACUCGUCCGAGGGAGACUUCCAGACUGAAGUGUGAAGACACACGGACGUAGACGCACUCACUUGAACACACACACACACACACACACACACAGACACACACAGGCUCUCAUGCCGAGAUCCAAAUGCACACAGAGAUACUGAACUUCUCAAAAGCUAUACAUACGUACAUGAUUUUUUUUUUUUUUUUCCGCAAAGAUCUCGCACACACAGCUCCCUGUCUCCUGCAACGUGCUGUCAGAUCCCAUACUGUAUUUGUUUACUGCUGCAGUGGACAGACGAGGAAAGAAGACUGUUCUACUCUAUAUUUUCGCAAAGACUAUUGAAAAGAAAGAACAGGAGCUUGACACGUCUGUGAAUGGGAACACAUUUUAAAUGAACAAAGAAAAAAAAAAACUAUGAAAAACUUAUUUCUGAGAGAAAAAUGUCUUGAUUUUAUUCUGGAGAAAAAAAAAACAGAAAUCUCUUUCAAUUGUUUGAUGAUUUCGGGGGCGGGCUGAGAAAAAUAAUAUUUCUGCACCAUUGAGUUCUUUUUUAUAGCAAAGGGAUACAAAUCACACUGAAAUUUCUCGCACUGGCAGCCCCCUUCUUUCAUUUAUUUUCUUCACCCCUUUAAUGGAUGACGACAGCAUCUUCUCUUUUUUUUUUACUUUCAUUUUGAUCAUUUGGUUAACGUGGAGGGCGAGGGGAUGGGGGGGGGGGGGGGGGGGUGGGGCGAGGCAAAGCUGCUCACUGAUAUGUGCCAUCCUCUCCACUUUUUCUUCAGGCUCAAGUUUAACAAUCCUAUCCAUCCAUGACACUCACCUCCUCUCUGUCAACAUCAUAUUCCCUCUUUAUGUAUUUUCUACUUAUUUGUGAAAAAAAAAAGAAAAAAAAAGAAAUUGUCCUCCCUUAUGGUUUGAAACGUUUAAUGGAAAAAUAAUAUGACUGAAAGAAAUAACUGAGUUGUGUUUUAUUAUCUAACUGUUCAAGAGGAAUUGAUUUAUUUUCAAACUGUUUUUUUUUUUUUCUGGUUCUGCUGCCUUUUUUAUUAUCAUUUUUUUGUUCAUUUCCUGUGAGAAUUAACCCAUGUGGAGCUUUGAAAAAAAAAAAAAAACAUGAUUCAGGGCUCACAUGGCAAAUAAAUGUGAUGUUGCUCUCUGUGUUAUCAAACCAUGAGGGAAAUGAAGGAUAGUGAUCGUUAUGCAGAUUCUUGAAUCCCCCUUUUCCCCCCACUGCUAAGAGAUACAAGCCUUUAAAGAUUACCCCAUGUGAAUCCAUCUCAGCCAUCACCAAGUCGCAGUCAUGCCAUAAAAAGAGGAUAUUUCAUUCUUUUUCAACCCCAAAUAGAAUCCGUGCUAGCUCCGUUUAGCAUCUCAUAUUCUGCCAAAGCGCUAGCUUUAAAAGCUUAGACUGAAGAAUUCAUCAGUUUAGCAGGUCAUUUCUCUCCCCCAGUUUCUGAGGAUAUUUUUUUUUUUUAACUCAACCUGACCUUAGGAGGCUCUUAAACCCCAGACCUUUAUGAAGAGUUAGCAGCUGAGCAAAGUCCAAGAUCGCAAUCAUGGCUUCCACCUAAUGUCUCUCCACCUCUGUUGCUCAUUACGCCCACCGUUAUCGUCGUGCUAACAGGUUGCACAAAAUCCUAACGUUCAAAAUUUAGCCAGAUGUUGAGUUCAUAGUUCACAUGAUAACUUUCCGCGUGAUUCCUUCGCUUGUGAGCAAGCGGCUCCAAGAAAUUUAGAGCGAGACAGAAAUCUGUAGAGGGAGCACCAGAGAUUCCAAGGCCACAAUGUGAAAGAGUGAAGAGGAAACAGAGAGAAAAAGGUUUAAAAGAAAGGCUGGAGGUGUUUUGCUUCUUUGCUUCACAUUUUAACAUCCCUACUUCAUUCUCUCAAAGAGGACAACAGGUUCUUCUGCUGUUGCUACAUUAGCGCAUCAGUCCUCCACACAUGAGUGGGAGAAAAAAAAAAAGAGCGUCAGAGUUCAGGAUGAAUUCAAUAGACAUCGUGAUAUUGUUUUUUGCCGGUUUUCAAAGGAGUCCCCAUUAAUCUAACAGCUCAGAGAUAGGAGAUGGGAGACAAUUUCGGCGGAAGAAAAAAGUGCAUGAGAAAAUGGUAGCCGAGCAAGAAGAUCCAAAAAUAUAUAUAAUGAGAAAGCUAGAGGCAUGGAAGAGAUGCAGAUUAAGAAGGCGAGAGCUCAAAACAGUAAUUAUCCGGGGAUGGCGAUUUGUCCUGACAUUUUCAGAAGCAGCCCUCGAACCAUCUGUUUAAAGAUCCCUAAUGUGGUGCUAGUGAAGCGCAGCGCAGAUGGUGAGACAAGAGCGCGGCCCUGCUAACCUUUCAAGCUAAUCAGCAGAUAGACAAACCUCACAGCUCACUCCUUCCUCUUGAGGAAGGAGGAGGAGCGAGGUGGGUUCGGUCCCCGCGUCGCCCCUCGCUGAGGUCACAUUCUCCACGACCUUCUUUGAGACUUAGGAUUCCCCCACAGUACACGAGUGUCCACACAGGACGGAGCAGAGCAGCGGCCUUCAUGGCUACAUGGUUUCAACCCCAUGUGGUGUGCACCAGAAGGGAGCGUCAGUCUCAGGGGAAACAGAUUUGACCUUUGAACUGACAAAUUCGUUUUUUGUAUGAGGAAAACUGAGCAUUUUUGAGAGGAAUUCUCCGCAAAGCCUUGUUCCUAUUUUAAUGUAUAAAUGGGAUUUGAUGAAAGAAAGAAAGAAAGAAAGAAGGAAUGUGAAUGUUUUAUUUCAGCACAGUUUUACUUCUUCAUAUUUUUUUAUUAUUGCACACUAACACUAUGACAGGUUUCACCUCAAUGAGGGCCAGAUUUUUUUUUCUAGUUUUUUUUAGUUUUCAACUCCAGGAACGGUAAGUUAGAUGUGAUUGACUGAUUCAGAUUCAUCUUUUGAAUGUGCCACCGGAACAAAGGAUCAUCUUUCCCGCCCUUGACAUCCCCCCCUCCCCCUUCCUUUUUUAUUUUCUUUAAAUGAACUCUAGUAUGAUGCAAAUGCUUAUACAUGAUGGUCAGAGUGUGUUUUUGUCAUCUUGUUUUCCUACGUGUGUUGAAAGCCUGCCAAGCUGAGAAGCCCAUAAAGAGAUAUGAACACAGGCAGAUGCCAAAUCAAAACCCUACUACUCUCACCUUGAACCCCUCCAGCUUUCGAUGCUAACGUGUUAGCCGACUGCUAACACCAUCCAACAUUCUAGUUAAUUUACUCUUGAAAACCCCCUACUUUUCCCUUUGUCCCACAUUUUUGGUUCUUUUUUAUACAUAAGAUUGUACAAAGUAGUCCUCUAAUGUUUUCAUAGUGUCUUUUUUAUAUGAAAAUAAAUUUUCAAAUUGA